CCGUCGUCCAAUUUCUUACCUCGCACGCGCUCGCUGACGACUCCCUGUCUCUCCAAUUCAAUUCAAUUUCUUACUUGGCUCCGGACACCCACACACCCCCCCCCCCCGCCGACGGGAUUCCGAGCCGCUCCCUCGCGAUAGAUCGGAGAAUCGAGGGGGAGCUGUUGGCGGAGUUCUGUCUUUAUUCGGGAAUUUAUCUUAGUUAUUCUGAUUGAUAAUGGUUUGCUUUCCGUGUUUUCGAUCGCCCGGUCAGGGAAAGGAGAAGGAGGUGAAGAAGAAGAUCGAAGGGAUAGGUGGUGCGGAUUGCAAGCAGGAGUUUUCCGCCGCUCCGUCAUCUCACCAUGGCAGUUCUGACAAAUCGAAGUUGAGGACCGAUUCAGUCUCCAAAACGGGGGCAUCAACUCCGAAAGAAGGCAAUGCUGGCAAUAUUGCGGCACAGACAUUCACUUUCCGUGAGCUUGCUACAGCCACUAAGAACUUUAGACGAGAUUGCCUUUUGGGUGAAGGUGGCUUUGGUCGCGUUUAUAAAGGAAGGUUAGAGACUGGGCAGGUUGUUGCCGUUAAACAACUUGACAGAAACGGUCUUCAGGGGAACAGGGAGUUUCUGGUUGAAGUCCUCAUGCUUAGCCUAUUACAUCACCCGAAUCUUGUCAAUCUGAUUGGUUAUUGUGCUGAUGGUGAUCAACGACUGCUCGUUUAUGAGUUUAUGCCAUUGGGUUCAUUGGAAGAUCAUUUGCAUGAUAUUCCAGCUGAUGUGGAACCACUUGACUGGAAUACCCGGAUGAAGAUAGCAGCUGGUGCAGCUAAAGGCUUAGAAUACCUGCAUGAUACGGCAAACCCUCCAGUUAUUUAUCGUGACUUCAAAUCAUCAAACAUACUUCUUGGCAAAGGAUAUCAUCCAAAGUUGUCAGACUUUGGGCUUGCGAAACUUGGUCCUGUCGGUGACAAGACUCAUGUCUCAACCAGAGUGAUGGGAACAUAUGGUUACUGUGCUCCUGAGUAUGCUAUGACAGGGCAGUUAACUGUGAAAUCUGAUGUAUAUAGUUUUGGUGUUGUGUUACUUGAACUGAUCACCGGCCGUAAAGCCAUCGACAACAGCAGGCCUGUUGGAGAACAAUAUCUAGUUGCAUGGGCUCGUCCAUUAUUUAAAGACCGUCGAAAGUUUGCCAAAAUGGCUGACCCAUUGCUACAAGGUCAUUAUCCGACGAGAGGCAUAUAUCAGGCACUGGCUGUCGCAGCAAUGUGUUUGCAGGAGCAAGCAGCUACUCGACCUCUCAUAGGGGAUGUUGUGACAGCAGUUUCAUAUUUAGCUUCACAAAAUUAUGAUCCAAUUGCAGCUUCUACUCGGAGUACUAGGAAUGGUCCAUCCACCCCAAGGUCCACAAGCAGGAUUGACAAUCAACAUGCUGUCCAUUCACCACAUCAAAAUUCUCCGGACUCUAGGCAAAGGGAUCCAAUAAUGAUUGCAUGUGAGGAUGCAAAAAUUGGCAUAGGGAGUUCAGGUGGGUGUUCUGGGCACACGUGGGUCUUGGAAGAGUUGGAAACUCGUGAGUCUCAGAUGGAUAGCCCAGUACAAGUAGGGAGUGUGAGAGACUCCCCAAAAGAUAUUUGCCACAAUCUUGACCGAGAGCGUGCUGUUGCAGAGGCCAAAGAAUGGGGUGAAACUUGGCGGGAGAGACAACGGAAAAAUACACCAGGCAGCUUCCACAGUACAACAUGACUAUAUGUCCUUUCAGAUCCAUUAAUUUGGAUACUGCUUUGCAUGCCUUAUUUUCAUGGAAAGAUAUAGUUCAGGGUUCAGCUGGUCAGGACACACAAGACAUCACAGGUUUCAUUAUGAUACCAAAUUCACUGUGAAAAAGCUGAUGCUCUGUGGAAUCUCUAUUUUUUUUCCGCAAAUCCGCUACAUCUUCUGAUACCAUUUUCCUGAAAUGUGUGUCGUGCCUCGACCAAGCCUUGUCCUUUAACAUACAAGAAGGCGUGUAAAAAAUUAAAGAAAAUUUUCGGAUUUAUUUUUCUUUUAGAAUGUAUACUGGCAAUUCCUACAUGCAAGUUGGUGCACAUUUCUGUGUAGGGUUUUUUGUAGCCUAGAUUACAAGUAAAUGUCAUCAGAUUUUUGUCCAUUAAAUCUGCAGAGCAGUUUGCAUAAGACAUCUCAUUUAUGUAUCUAUAUGUCUCAUGGGACUAUGCGUAGCUGAUGUUGUUGAUGUCAUUGUU